AUGGGUAAACAACAAAAGAAACAUAGUAAAGGUCGUUUAGAUAGAUACUAUUAUCUUGCCAAAGAAAAGGGAUACCGUGCCCGUUCUUCCUUUAAAAUUGUACAAAUUAAUGAAAAAUAUGGCCAUUUUUUAGAGAAAUCCAAAGUAGUUAUUGAUUUGUGUGCUGCACCAGGUUCAUGGUGUCAAGUAGCAUCACAACUAUGCCCAGUCAACUCGUUGAUUAUUGGGGUCGAUAUUGUCCCUAUUAAACCUUUGCCCAAUGUUAUCACUUUCCAAUCAGAUAUCACCACCGAGGAUUGUCGAAGUCGUUUAAGAGGUCACAUGAAGACUUGGAAAGCUGAUACUGUUUUACAUGAUGGUGCACCUAACGUUGGUCUUGGUUGGGUUCAAGAUGCAUUUACACAAUCUCAAUUAACUUUACAGGCUUUGAAAUUGGCAGUGGAAAAUUUGACUGCGGGGGGUACAUUUGUCACCAAGAUUUUCCGAUCAAGAGAUUAUAAUAAUUUAAUGUGGGUAUUCCAGCAAUUGUUUGAAAAAGUCGAGGCAACAAAACCACCAGCUUCACGUAAUGUAUCAGCAGAAAUUUUUGUGGUGUGCAAGGGAUUCAAAGCUCCUAAAAAAUUGGAUCCUCGAUUAUUAGAUCCAAAAGAAGUUUUCGAAGAAUUAGGUAAUGAAAAGCAGAAUAAUGAAGCUAAAAUUUUCAACCCAGAAAAAUUUAGUAGUCAAAGACAAAGACAAGGUUAUGAGGAAGGUGAUUAUACAUUAUUUCACACAAUGCCCAUUAUGGAUUUCAUUAAAGAAGACGAUCCUAUAAAUCAAUUGGGUUCUUUGAACAAAUUUGAAUUACCAGCAAAGGACGAUCAUGAAUGGAAGAUUCUAAGUAAGCUCAAAUUAUGUACUCCCGAAUUAUUGGAGUGUAUCAAAGAUUUAAAGGUAUUAGGAAGAAAAGAGUUCAAAAUGAUUCUCAAAUUCAGAAAGCAGGCUAGAGAUAUACUUGGAAUUGACAAAGAUGAUGAGGAUAAUGAUAAAGCCGAAAUAGAAGUAGAACCAUUAACAGAAGAACAAAAAAUUGACCAAGAAUUACAGGAUUUGAUGGAGAGGCAAAAACAAAAGGCAAAACGUGCCAAGAAGAAUGCCAAUGAAUUGAAACAAAAGGAAAUUGUAAGAAAUCAAAUGAACAUGUUAACUGAUAUGAAUAUUGGUAUAGAAGCAGCUCAGAUUGGGGCAGACUCUUUAUUCAACUUAAAGACUGCAGAAAAGACAGGUCAAUUAGAUAAAUUAGCCAAAGGUAAAAAAAAGAUGAUUUUCAACGAUGAAGAACUUGCCAAAGACAAUGAAAUACAUAUUGAUGAAAACGAAGAAGUUGAAGAUUCUGCUGAUGAGUUGGAUGAAUUGGAGAAUCAAUUGGAUGAUAUGUAUCAUCAAUAUCAAGCUAGAAAAGCUGAAAGAGAUGCCAACUAUCGUGCCAAACAAGCCAGAGGUGAUGCUAAUGACGAGGCUUGGAAUGGUAUUGAGGAUGACGAUGAUCAAGAUGAAGAUGUUGAGUCUGGAAAAGAUUAUGAAAUGGAAUCUGAAUCAGAUUCUGAUUCUGAUGAUGAUGAGCAUAUAAGGCUUAUAGCGGAGAAGAAGUCGAAUGGGUUGUCUAAAACUGCCCGUAGCUUUUUUGCAUCGGACUCGAUCUUUAAUGAGUUGGGAGACGAUGCCAUUUUGGAAGAAGUUCAAAACAGAACUAACAACACUAAUGGGAAGGUGGUUGAACCAGUAACUGAAAACAAUUCUGAACCAGUAGAUGAUGAUGAUGACAGUAACGGCGACGACGACGACGACGAUAGUGAUUUUGAAAUUGUCCCUAAUCAAGAAUCAGAUGAUGACGAGUCAAUGGAUUCUGAUGAUGAACUGAAUAAUGUUAAAUCUGCAACCCAUCACAAACAAAAAGUAGAUCUUGCGACAGUGGAAGCAAUGACUUUAGCACAUCAAGUUGCAUUGGGACAAAAGAAUAAACAUGACUUAAUUGAUGAAGGUAUCAAUAGAUAUUCGUUUAGAGAUAAGGAUAAUUUACCCGAUUGGUUUGUGGAUGAUGAAAAGAGACAUUCCAAGAUAGUCAAACCAAUCACCAAAGAAGCAGCCUUGGCGAUUAAAGAAAAACAGAAACAAUUGAAUGCCAGACCUAUUAAGAAAGUUUUGGAAGCUCAAGGUAGAAAGAAAAUGCGUGCUCUUAGAAGGUUAGAAAAGAUUAAAAAGAAAUCUGAUUUGAUUAAUGAAGAUUCUGGUAAAUCCGAAAGAGACAAAGCUGAUGAAAUUCAGAAAUUGAUGAAGAAAUUGAGUAAGAAACAAAAGCAAAAACCCAAGACUACGGUUGUUGUUGCUCGUGGUUCUAAUAGAGGACUUAGUGGAAGACCUAAAGGUGUCAAAGGUAAGUAUAAGAUGGUUGAUGGUGUCAUGAAGAAUGAACAAAGAGCAUUAAAGAGAAUAGCCAAGAAGCACAAGAAGUAG